CUUGACUAACAGCUCACCUUGCUGACGACUGCUCUAUUUAGUUCCAAAGCUGGCCAGCCAUUAUUGGUCCAAAAGGAUUUCCUCGGAAUGCUCAUCCCCCAGAGCUGCAUGUGAUGUGUGAUGCCCUACUUGACAUUGCGUCCUCUUAUCUAUCGCGGACCGAUUGACCUCUUCUCAUUCCCCAAUUUCCCCAGUCCCCACACGAGCCGGGUCAGAUCCCCCGUCUCUGAGUCCGGCCGGACUAGGAUUAUUUCCGCUCUCAAAUAUCGCGUUUCGUCAUUCUCCCCCAGAGGUUGAUUGCGCAAACCUAGUUCUUUGGGCAUCGAGUCUCCACGAUGACCAGUUCCCUCGACGGUACUACGCUUGGGGAGGCCCCCAAAAUGCAUACAGUAGACCUUGAGAACUCUUUAGAAAAGGGAUACUGGAAGUCACGGGCCACCACCCGCCUCCGAUUCUUUCCUAUCCGGGCCGCUCAAUGGUGCGUUGAUCAUCUCCGGCCGGCCUUUCUGACCGGGAUAGGUGGGCACAGCAGCCACCAGGGAAGGCGCACCGCGUACCUCGAUGGGCUCCGUGGCUUCGCAGCCUUUCUAGUAUACUGGGGUCAUCAUGAGUUAUGGGCUCACGAUGGCAUUGGCGCCGAAGCGAUUUUUGAAAAUGCCUAUGGCUACCAAAAGAAACAUUAUUUGGUUGCCUUCCCCGGCCUGCGCAUCUUCUUUUCGGGUGGGCAUUUCGCCGUCAGCGUCUUCUUUGUACUAUCGGGCUAUGUCCUGUCGGCGAAACCACUCUCAUUGAUACGAGCUGGAGAUUAUCUUCAACUGGGUGAUAAUCUGGCCUCUGCCUUGUUCCGACGCUGGCUACGCUUGCACAUACCUGUCAUUUGCACCACCUUCGUGUACAUGACUUACCUUCACCUGUUUCGCAUCCACGCAACCCCCGAAAUGAAGUCGAGCUACGGAGAGGAGCUCUGGAAUUGGUAUGUCGAGCUGAAGAACUUCUCGUUCGUCUUCCGCACCGGCGGCGAGCCAUGGUUUACCUACAACUUCCACUCGUGGUCUAUCCCCGUCGAGUUUCGCGGGUCCAUUGUCAUCUACACGGCUCUGCAGGCGUUCCAAAAAUGUCGACCCAACGCGCGACUGUUGUGUGAGCUCGGGUUGAUUGUCUACUUUAUGUACAUUGUCGACGGUUGGUUCUGCUCGCUCUUUAUGGCCGGAAUGCUACUCUGCGACCUGGAUUUACGCGCCGCCCGUGAUGAACUUCCCGAUGUGUUUCUCAUGCUCGAGCCUUUCAAGGAGGCGAUCUUUUACGGAAUGCUUUGCAUCAGCAUUUACCUGGGAGGCGUCCCGUCCCGCACGUGGGAGGUGCAAUUCCUACGCGACUCGCCCGGGUGGCACUACCUGUCCUACCUGAAGCCCCAGGCGGUGUUUGAUUUCAAAUGGUUCUAUCUGUUUUGGGCAGCGACCUUCCUGGUGGCCUCGAUCUCGCGGAUCCACUGGCUGAAAAGCUUCUUUGAGACACCCUUCAACCAAUAUCUUGGCCGCAUCUCCUUUGCAUUCUAUUUGGUUCACGGACCCGUUCUCUGGGUAUUGGGGGAUCGCCUCUAUGCGGCGGUAGGCUGGGUGCGGGAUUCGCAUGCGACGACCUGUCCUGGUUGGAUCAACCGAUUCCCUCUCCCCAAGGUCGGCCCACUUGGGCUGGAGCUGAACUUCUUCGCUCCACACCUGAUCCUGCUGCCGAUGACGCUUUGGCUGGCGGAGAUUGUGACGAAAUUUGUAGACGAGCCGAGCGUGCGGUUUGCGCAAUGGCUCUAUCGGAAGACCUUAGCACCGGCAAACCAAUCGUAAUAGAUGAUAGAUGAAACAAACUUUUCCUUUUUCUUUUGUUACAUGAUCAUAACGGAUUCUUUGUAGAAUUAUUUCCGCCCUUAUCAUUCCUUGUGACCAGGACUAUAUUUGUAGCACGUAAGAUUUUCGUGUCUCCACCCGGGCCACUUGCCCAUUUGAAAGGAUGGGAAGGAAAGCAAUACAAAAAUCCAGGAAUAACUAAAUUAAAUUCGUCUUAGCCUUCUAGACUUGCGUACACCUGCCGUUAUCACAUGUAUUCUCCUCACGGAGUGGAUCUUGACCCCAGACCCCAGACCUAUAGUAAGGUAAUAAUAAGAGAGGGAUUGGGGAAACCAAUCUUAAUUUGCGCCACUAGAGCCAAGCUAAAGUACUCCUG